CCCCACCGCCCCCGGCAGCACACAGUCCGCCCGCCGGCAGCGCAGCCCGGCCCGCGCAGAUUCAGCAAAGAGUGAGGAAGCAAUCCUCUUCCUGUUGCUCCACAGCUGGAGCCGAGCCCUCCACCAGCCCUUCAUCUCUGGCUCUGUCUUGGACCAGAGCAGCCCCUGCUCCACGGGAUGUCCUCCCAGAGACCUACGUCGAAGAAAACCUCUACCAUCAGGGACAUCUUGGGCAUUGCAGUGGGAAGAGAACGUGGCACGUCGCCCACCUAAGCAUUUACACGGGAAGUCCCUGUAAGAGCCGCCUGCCAGCCGCCCUUCCCCAGAUCCCGAAUGCACUCCAGGCCAGGCGGAGCAGAGGGCAGUCGUUCUCCUGGUCAUGCUGAACUCAUACUCUGAUGGCCGUGCUAUGAGGUCCAGACUGGGUCUCCUCCCUUCUCCCACUCUACCAAUGCCUGGUCUCAUGGGGUUAGUUUGGAGCCUAACACUAUGGCAUCAUCCACCUCCUUCCCAGCUUCUGGCUCCGGGUCCAAGAAGCCUUUGGGCAAGAUGGCUGGCUGGCUCAGGCAGGCCCUGUCGAAGAAGCCCAAGGAGAUGCCAGCGUCCCAGGAAAGCCACCCCAGUGACGUUCCACCACGGUGCUCGCAGGACCACCCCCCGCCCCCAGACCCCAGCUCCCCGGGGUCUCCCACCCUGCCACCGGCGCAGGAGGGCGCCCCCGGCAGCAGCAGUGGCCGCUGGAGCCGGGACUACGACGUGUGCGUGUGCCACAGCGAGGAGGACCUGGAGGCUGCGCAGGAGCUGGUGGCCUACCUGGAGGGCAGCUCUGCCAGCCUGCGCUGCUUCCUGCAGCUGCGUGACUCGUCCCCUGGCGGCGCCAUCGUGUCCGAGCUGUGCCGGGCCCUGGACAGCAGCCACUGCCGCGUCCUGCUCAUCACUCCUGGCUUCCUGCGUGACCCGUGGUGCAGGUACCAGAUGCUGCAGGCCCUGAGCCAGGCCCCUGGUGCCGAGGGCCGCAUUAUCCCCCUGCUCGCAGGCCUGGCCAGGUCCGCCUACCCGCCGGAGCUCCGCUUCAUGUACUUCGUGGACGGCCGCGGCCCCGACCACGGCUUCCACCAAGUCAAGGAGGCCAUCCUUCGCUAUCUACAGACCCUCAGCUGACAUUUCUCAUAUCACCAUGGGAUCCACAAAGCUGGCACAAGGCUGGAAACCAAGCUAGAGAGCUCAAGGCCUUGGAUCCAGCAGAUGUGACGAGACCUAAGGAGCCAGAGUUCGUAGCACUUUGUAUGUGACCCUGGGAUCAGAUUGCCCAGCAGGCUUCUAUUAUUUUGGGCUCCUCAGGAAGGCCCUGGAGAAGAUGGGGACUCCCCUAGAAGGCCCUAGGGAAGUUGGGGACUCCCCCAGGAAGGCCAUGAAGAAGCUGGGGACUCCCCAGGAAGGCCAUGGGGAAGCCAGAAACUGGAGGUGGUAGGAGGUGCUGAUAUCAGAUGAACACGAACGUUUCUCCUCCUCCUUAUUGGACAUGAAUCUGGCACAUCCCUAUGUCUUCUUCCCCUGGGACUGGGCACUGGUGUCAAGAUGCAUUCCUCCUGAACAGGUGACCCACCUGAUGAAUCAGCUGGACGCCUAGAGUGCAUGUCUCAGCAUGGAUGGUUUUUCCAGCUGCCUGGGAAAACUGGAACAGAUGUUACGAGAAAGCCACAGGUAUCAGGUGUGUCUCACAGGGCUGCCACUCCCUUUUCCUUCACUCACUUCAGGAAGCUACAAGAAAAAUGUGCUCUGCACUGUCCUGUAUUUAUUUUUACUGCGUGCAUGUCAUUCAAGACUCAAACCUAGAAACCAUUCUGAAUAGACCGGAGAGGACAGGGAGCAGGUGGGGUGAAGAGAAGGAAAGCUCAGACCUUUUACCUGGAUCAAAAGCCCGCUCAUGGGUGCUUUGACAGAUGGAGGCCUCGUCGGGGGUCUGGCUAGAGCUCAUGCUUUGCAAUAGCUUCUUCAUCUCUGCACCGAGAGAAACCAGCAUUUUUCUUCUGGCAGAUGACUGUGUACCUUUUAGGACACUCAAGGUUUCAUUCAUCUGUUCUCAAUAAAAGUUGGUUGAACUGAAAUGAACUUCUUGUUCUCCCAAUGUGUACUUCUGUGCCUCUUUUAUCAAUUCCCCCUCCUUUUACUGAAAAAUAUUUAUACAUGUAUACAUAUAUAUAUUUUUGUAACUGAGAUACAAUUGUCAUAUAACAUUAUGUUAGUCUCAAGUGUAUGAGUCAAUUAUAUUGUGAAAUAAUUUUAUGUUUUUAACUAUGAAUUAUUUUAUUACAUGCAAAAGGACUAAAGCAUACUCUAAUGUACUCAUGUAUCUUCCACCAGCUUAAGAAGCAAAAUAUUACAAUCCCUAGGUUUUGCCUUUGUGCCCUUAAUUAUUUUCCUCCCUUCUCCCACCAGAAGUAACCACUAUUCUGAACUUUAUCAUUCUUAGUCUUUGUUUAGAAAUUUAUUACAUAUGUAGGCAUUCCUGACAUGUUUACUUUUACAUGGUUUUAUACUUUAGUAUGAUGAUGUUGUAUUCUGCAAAUUCCAUUUGUUUCUCAUGUUUGUAAGAUUUAUCCAUGUUGAGGCAUGUAACGGCAGUGAGUUCUCUUUCAGUCCAUUAUGUAAACAUACCACUAUUAGUUACACACUCUUUUACAAAUGGACAUUUGGUUGUUUCUAGUUUUUUUGUUUUGUUUUUUUUUAAUCCUCACCCA